AUGUUCAAUCGUCAUGACCUUGACCUUUUCACGAAUCCCGAAUUCUUCAGCUUCACAGAGACAUCAGAGGACUAUACCAUAAUUGUAACAAGAGAACAUUUUGAAGAACUACCAAAAUGUGAAAAACUGCGAAAAUCACCAGAUCCUUGGAGAGCUUUGACAGUUUCAGUUGGAGAAAUGGGAGCCACAGAGCUUGCUGGCAUUAGCAAAAUUGCACAGGCUGUCAUUUGUCCUCUUGCAGACCAAGAAAUCCCUGUUCUGGUAUUGUCAACAUACCAGUCUGACUAUAUAUUGGUGCAGCAACCAUUUUUAAAGGAUGCAGUUGAAUGCUUAGCCACCCACUUCAAUGUUUAUAAUGAAUAUGAUGAACAUAUCUCGACCUCAAUAAAUAAGCCUACAAUAAGCAAAACACGUGGCCAAGAAUGUGCAAAGAAGCGACCUGAGGUAACAUCAUUUGUCAGCCCUGACACUUAUCAAAUAACUGGCCUAGAUUCUGCCUUCUUUCCAAGUGUAGUUCAAGUCCUGCUUGAAAUGAUGUUUUUUACAAGGUUUCCGAUGAAUGCCCUUCACACAUCAUCCGAUACAGACUGCUGGCGGAUGAUCAAAAUUGGGGAUGCCCCUUUUGAUUUUGAAACGUACGGUGUUGUCGCAAGGGUAGCAGAGCCAUUAGCACAGGCUGGUUUGUCUACAUAUUACAUCAGCACAUAUAAUUAUGGUCACACUUUGGUGUACAACCAAGACUUGGACCACGUGUUGGCAAUUUUGAGAGAACACAUUCAUCAUCAAAAUUUCGACGAAGAACCCAGGUAG